UAAUCGUGCCGUUGCUUUGCGUAGCAUUCUGCAUGCCGCCUCAUGAGUACCUUUCGCGAGUACCCUGUGAUGGAAUUCGACUUUUGCCAAAAGCGACCAGCUUUUCUCUUCUUGUCUUUAGUAGCUGUUCAGCACCGAUAAUAAGUAAUGCUGGAUUUCCCCCAGUCUCUCAUGCAUAUCGCACUGGCAGUCACAAUCGAUCUCAUGCGUGUGCGUCGAGUGCAAAUCCGCGUUAUGCACAUCAUACGACCAAUGCCGGCGGAUUGAAGCGUUAGGAUGGCUCCAUGGCGUCCAAAUGAUCGCUCGGCUUGGCUUAAAUAAGGCCAAAGUACUUGCAGCUCAAGUACAUGGCUAAGCCUCUUUCGCCGAUCACUCCGCCUUGGUUCUGCUGCCUGUACCUGCCUUAGCCGUACCUCUCGCCUUGGAGAUUGAAAGUCUCAAUUCGCCUCGAUUACAACAGAUUGACUACUAUUGCUACCGCUUUGUCUUUUCCAACCGAAUCCACUUUCCGUCGUCCCUCUCACGACACUCUAAUAUACCCUCUGUUGAACAGCUCAAAGCCAUGCCUCAAAGCCAUGUCUCACUCGAUUGCCGCUAGUGUUCCCAUAGCCUGCGCGCGGCUACCGACUGUAACAACAGCGGGAAGACCACAACCACUCAAGAGUUCGUAUCACGACAUUGUUCAAAGAAUGCUGUUCACUUCUGAACGGCGGGCGGCGCAGAGACAGGGGGCCGGGAAUGUUGCAAAUACGCGAGACGCCAAGAUGCCAAGGUUUGAAAUCGAGGUACACCUCCAGCGCUCCAACCCCCGGAGCCCCAGCUCUCAGAACUCUUACUCUCAGAGCUCUUACUCUCAGAGCUCCAAUCCUCAGAGCUCCGACUCUCAGAGCCUCGACUCUCAGAGCCCCGACUCUCAAAAGGCCGGCUCUGAACACUCGCGCUAUGUCCAAAUGCUCCUCCAUCAAGAUGAAAUUCCCCUGCUACACAACAUUCUCGCCGCUGUACUCGUCUGGCUUCUGCUGGCGGGCUUCCUCGUCUUCCCCGGAACGUUUACCAGCCUGCAAAAGUCCGUCGAAGGCCAUGACUCCAACACACUAGGCGACCAAGCUGCCAAGCUCAUCGUAAGGAGCAUCAAAAACAUCCCACUGCUGUACAUGGCCGCGAUAAUGUGCGGCAUAUCCGUUUUUGGCAUGCUGUAUCUCGCCUUCAGACACGCUAGAAACUACGUCUGGCUCGUGAACAAGCUGUUUAAGCCGGGAAUGACCAACUCUCUGGCCGGCUUGGUGUCGACUCUCAUCGGCGUGUACUCUCAGCAACACGGCACAUGGAGCAUCACCGCCAAAAUCACCGCCAUGGUUGAGGGAGCCUCGCUUUUCCCAGGCAUGGAGAGCAUUAUGGUGGUUGCCCUGGCCAGCAGCGGUACUCAAAGCAACUGUUCCCUCAGAGAGCAUAGUGAAACCUGAAACGAAACUGAGAGCUGGAUGUAAUGAUACCACAAGCUUACUUCGCUGGCGAAGACGUAAGACUGAAUGAGAUUUGCCUUUUUUUUUUUUUUUUUUUUUCCCCAUCCUUUUUUUUAGGCUGGAUUGGGACAGGAUAGACACUAUGUAUUAAUCGCUUCGUACAUUAAUUAAAACAAUUUGUUUGCUGCACUCCCUCAAUACCUACACAAUUCUCAUCGUAGUAAAGGCGCUCGUUCGCUCGAGAUGAUGGAGUGACUGUUCUUCCAGCCCAUGAAUCGUUCCGAGAGCCUAUACGAGAAAUGGCAAAGCAUGCCAGCCAGGAAGCCAACUGCGUCAUUCUUAAAGGCCAAGAUACCAGCCGUCGUCACCAGCAUAAUGGUCCAUCGUUCCAGACGUUCCUCAUCCGAUAGCUGUCGAUGUAAUCUCGGGCUGACAAGGCCGCCCUGCCGAGCAGAUUCGUGCCACAAAUCAGGGGCGCCUUGGUUCAGCGUGUGCCCAACCUUGGCCAGCUCCAAGCCGGCCGCCACGACCAUGACGCCGAGAAGGCCAUGUGGGAUCUCCGUUAGUAGAUUGACGAGCGUCUGGCCGAAUAAUAGUCCCAAGGCGACUUUGAAAAGACCCAAGAUGAUUACGCUGGCGCCGCUGCGCGCUCCGAAGCGAUAUUGAGCUGCCAGGCCUCCGGCGCCGUGGCACACGGGCAUGGCUCCAAACCAGGUUCCCGAGAGGUUCAUGAGCGCCACGCUGAAACCUAUAGACGUGACGGACGGAGAGGGUAUAUCCGGCAGCAAGUCGCUGGCCAGCGCACUCACCGCGAUGAUGGAAUUCAGCGUCGUCAGGGGAAGCUGCCCAACCGCCAUCCACAGAGCCGGGGCGUCCCCCGCGCCAAUCCACGACGGAAGCACAAAGCGCGGCCGCCACACCUGGAACCAAGGCAAGCUGCUCUGGUCGUCGGAAGCCAGCACCUGGACGAGGGCCAGCACGAGGGCCAGCAGGAAGAAGCCCAGCGCAUAGGGGAACCGCGGCUUGUCCUGCGUGAAGAUGAGGACGAGAAAGGCCGCCAUGGCCCAGAGGCGGUUGUCCAGCGCGGGAUGCAGCCAGUGAAGCGGCUGCAGGAGGGACGAGCCCGCGCCGAUGAUGAGGGAGAGGCCUGCGCCGAGCUGGAUGCCUUUGACGACGGGGAUGGGCACAAAGGCCACGGCGGCGCGGAGGAGGCCCGUGAUGCUCAUGAGAAAGACUGCUGCGCCAACCCAUUGGCCCGCGGCGACGACGACGCCCAUGGAGGGGUCUUCGCGCGCGGAGAUGGCGGCGGCGGCGAUGGCCUAGGUUUGCCGCAUGUUAGCAAUGAGGCUUUUCAACAGACAAAGGACUGAAGGACGCUUCUUCAUCCCAACGAGGUAAUAAAGAAGCAAGCAGCAAAGGGAUAUGCCGAGGUCUGUCUCUAGCUCCAGG